CACUGGGUAGCAACAGGAAAAGGAUUUUUGCUCGAUGGACGGUGCGACCACAACAAACAGGAAAAUGAUUGGAAUAUUACUCUGAGUGUUUCGUAGGGAACAAAAACAGAGGACUUGAACAUCUUCCUCCUCCUCCUCCCUGCUCUGGUCUGUGACAUAUCCCCGACCACCAACUGACCGCAGCCACCAUGUCGUGCCGCGACAUCCACGCCACCAACGCCUUCUCGUUCGUUAUCGCCAUGCUGUCCGUGGGCGGGCUGCUGGUGGCCACUCUGGUCCCCCAGUGGCGGACCACGCGCCUCAUCACCUUCAACCACAACGCCCGCAACGUGACCGUCUACGACGGCCUGUGGACCAAGUGCGUGCGGCGCGACGGCAGCACGGGCUGCUACUACUACGACGCCGACUGGUGGGUGAAAGUGGACCAGCUGGACCUGCGGCUGCUGCAGUUCUGCCUGCCCACUGGGCUGGCCCUCGCCACCCUGGCGCUCCUCCUCAUCAUGAUGGGCAUGUGCAAGACGUCCUGCUGCUCCGGCGAGCCCGAGGACAUCAAGAACAGCCGCUGCCUGGUCAACAGCGUGGGCUGCCACCUGGUGGCCGGCUUCUUCCUGUUCCUGGGCGGCGCCGUGGCCAUGCCGCCGGCCGUCUGGUUCCUGUUCCACACGGACGACCUCAACGCGCGCUACGACAACGUGUUUGCGGUGGACUUCGCCGUGUACGUGGCCAUCGGCAGUGCGGGCGGGCUGCUGCUGGCCGCGCUGCUCAUGUUCAUGUGGUACUGCAUGUGCAAGAAGCUGCCCUCGCCCUUCUGGCUGCCGUUCCCCGAGCCGCCCGUCAUGCCCACCAGCCUGUCGGCGCAGCCGCUCACCCUCCAUGCCAACGGCAUGCCCCACUCGCCCGGUGCCUACGCUCCCCAGCACUACCAGCCCUCCGUAAUGGAGGUGCCCGGCUUCGCCGCUGCCCCAGGGUACCCUGCCGGCAUCGCUGGACCGCCUAUGCCCCACGGCCAUGCCCAGCCAGUCUACAUGCCACAGAUGACUGGCCCAGAUGGGUAUGGGUCUGAGGUGGGUGUCUCCCAGCCAUACGGCUAUGCCCCCUCUCAAGGUUACGCCCCGUCACAAAGUUACGCCCCCUCCCAGAGCUACGCCCCUUCGCAAGGCUACGCCCCUUCGCAGAGCUACGGGGGAUCUCAGAGAUACGCCAGCCACCGGUACUCCACCCGCUCGCGCCUCUCUGGCAUCGAGAUCGACAUUCCUGUCCUCACAGAGUCACACUAGAACAAUUUGAAUGUCUUCAAAUCAAUUUCAGUUUUAGCUUUUUUGUUUGGUUUAUAUGUUUUAGUUUCCUUUUUUUUAAUGUGCCUGACCAAGCAAGCCUUGUUCUUGGUAGUUUUGCGCAGGCGGUGCCAUGCCAGUUAUAUUGACAGACUGUAAGGAGGGACAGUCUCACUGUAUUUUUGUUUUGUUUUGCUCUGCUUUCUUCUUGUAAGAAACUCCAAGGUGUAGUGGAAGGAAAUUGUGAAGACAUUUUAUCUUAAAAAGAUGUCUGAUCUGUGAACUGUAGAUAGUAAACUUUGAGACUUUAGCACAAAAACAAACAAAAAUAUUUAAUGAAAUUAAUGAAUAUUGUGCUUCUACUGAUCGAUGCUUGCACUUCAGCUAAUUGUGUUUUAUCACUGACGAUCCACUACCGUCUUUGCUUGAGAAACAGCUGGCUGUCGGAACAGGAGAACUCGUUUAUUUUUUCAGUUCUACUCUAGAACUCUAGUUUAGUUCUACUCUAUUGUUCUGUAUUCCCCUGCCUGCCUAUGGGCACCAUGUAGUUAAGCCACACUGCGGACACGACACGUCCAUUCAUGCUGUCCAGUGUCACUGUUUCUGUGAGUCAACCGUUCACUGUUAGCCGCUAAAGGAACAAAACUGGUCUUCUCUGAGGGGAAUGAUCAUUUGUUGGAUGAGUGAAGUGCCACUACUUUAAGCCAAUGUAAGAUCCUCUCUGUGUUGUUUUUACAAAUCACCUUUCAGGGAAGCUUCAAAGAAGCUAUAGGCUUAACUGCGCUAUAGAUAUAUAUUUUUUUUUUCGUCUUCUAACAAAAAAAAACAUACCUUUUGAUAUUACUUAUGGUGUGGUAAGGCACGUAGUAUAUGGGACAAAAUGUCUUGCUCUAGGUUAAGAGGCCACUUAGACAGCCCUCGGCUGUGGAAUAAUGAUGGGUUAAGAGGUUCUGACCACAUGCAAGGUGACUCACGUAAUGUGAGCAAUCCGGCCACCAUGACCUGGUCCUUUCUCGUCAUUCCAGCCCCACUUGGGUGGUUACCACCAUGUUUCAGACCACUGUGUCCUUACAGAGGAUACUAACACUAACUCCACAGUGCGUAAGUAACAGUAACACUAACAGUAACACUAAGUCACAAUGACUGAUGCAAUUGAAGCAAUUGAAUUGAAGUUUCAGAAGUGUGAGAUCUGUUUGGUUACAUGGGAAUAAUGUAAUAAUAUUCUCAGUGGGUGUUGUCGUUUUAACCGGCAUCAGAAGCUCUGAGCAUAGCAUACAUCAUUUUUUUAUAUCUGGGCUUAAGAUGAGAAUUUUUAAUGUUUAUAAUUGUUAAGAACUUUUAAAUGUAAUGUUUAGUUUUUAGAUGUUGUACUAACCUCAAUUCACUACAUGCACUGUAUGUUUUAUUUGCCAUUGUAAUGGUUAACUUGCACACUGUUGUCUGACACUAAAUUAAUCAUGGCUAACUCAUAGAAAUGAGCUGAAGCUGCCUGUUUAGUUAUGUAAUGUUUAAUGUAAUUGCCUACAUUGCUGUGUACUUAUCAGUGAUCAUACAUUUUCAGUGAUUUUACAUUGAAGGGGUUGAGUUUUUAAGAUGGCACUGUCAAGACAGUCACCCCCCCCCCCACACACACACACAGUUAUUUCACACACACAUCCUUGCUCGCUGAGAUCAGUGUGUUAAUUGACAUGAGCCUAAGACAGUUAUGGAGUGCCUGUGACCGCAGCUCCUGCUGAAUGCUCUGAAAUGCUAAUGCAGUCCUUGGUGGGUCACUAACGAGCACGGCCUAAUUUGGAAUCCGAUGCACCGCCUGAUGUCUCCAAAGGCUGCAUCCUAAUUUAGUGCUUAGUGCACUGCUAAUUAUGUCUGCUAUUGAUGCGGCUUCAUUUACUGGUAACCAUUCAGGGAACAGGUAGCUGCUGUGAGCGGGUCACCUGUGUGUGUGUGUGUGUGUGUGUGUGUGUGUGUGUGUGAGAGGGAGAGAGCGGGGAGCUUGCGGGGCUUGUUAGGUUGGUGGUGCUUCAGCACUCCUGUCUGUGGUGAUGGUGAAGGAGGAUGGCAUGGUGCCAGAUGUGUCGUGGUGAGGAUGGUAAGGUGCCAGAGGUGACGUGGGCACCGUUUCACAGCCCUAAAAUAGAGGCCAGGCAUUGCUCUGUUCACUCAAGCGUCUACAUCUAGAUCAUCUCCUUGAAUUUCCCCUGGGGAUCAAUAAAGUAUCUAUCUAUCUAUCUAGCUAUCUAUCUAGCUAUCUAUCUAGCUAGCUAGCCCUUAGUGAAGGCUGUUUCAAUUUGGAGCCACAGAGGGACAGAUCUGUAUGGUCACUCGUAUGGUGUGGAGUUGUCUCUAUGGUAACACUACUUCAGCUGUUAAGACAGCAUCAUGUUGUCAGCAUUAGAUUGAAACACAUGCAGAGGAAUCCACAUGAUUGAACUCUUGCAUGUCUUACUCCAGAUAUGAAGUAUCUGGACUUGAUCACUUAAUGGAGAUCAAGUCCACUUUUUGUACUCUGUAUGUAAGUCUGUUACAAAUUGCAUUUGUUAUAAUGUGCCAUUGUGCUACAAUGUCUACUAUACUUUUUUGAAUAGAAAUCAUGGGCUACUGUGCCAUUAAGAAAGUAAUCACGAACACUGUCUUUGUAGGUCUUUUUUAUCCCCCGUUUCUUAACUCACAUCCACUCUACAUGUAUGUUGUAGUCUGUUCUUUUGUAUGUGUACGUUUGAUGUUACAUGGUUUUGUAUCUAAGAUGCCAAUAUUCACAAUGGCCUUAUUUCUAAUAAAAAAGAUCAAUUACUGUAA